UGCGCCCGCGCCGCCGCGCUCGUGGGCGCGCGGCCAUGGGGCGCGCGCGGCGGCCGGCAUGGCGGUGAGCUGCCCCGAGGUGAUGUACGGCGCCUACUACCCCUACCUGUACGGCCGCGGCGCCGCGCGCUCCUUCCACCACGCGCCGCACUUCCAGUACGACCGGCUGAACGUGCAGAGCUCGGGCAAUGCGGGUGCGGAGUACGCGUCGGGCGUGGGGUCGGCGCUGUCGGGCGCGUCGGGCUCGGCGUCGUCGGGCGCGCAGUCGCCCGGCUCUCCGCCGCACGCGCACCUGGCGCUGGCGCACGCGCACGCGCACGCACACGCGCACCACGCGCACGCGCACCACGCGCACCACGCGCACCAGGCGCCGCACCAGUCGCCGCGCCUGCGCACGAAGGAGGAGGACCUGUCGGCGCACGGGCGCGCCAGCGCCGACGGCGGCGCGUCGUCGGAGUCGGAGGGCGAGUGCGGCGCGGGGCGCGCGCGCGCGCAGUACGUCAGCGCCAACUGCGUGGUGUUCACGCACUACGCGGGCGACGUGGCCGCCGUGGUGGACGAGCACUUCGCUCGCGCGCUCGCGCUCGACAAGCCCAAAGAGGGCGUGCCGCUGUCGGCGCGCAACCUGCCCGCGUCGUUCUUCAACGCGGCGGCGGGCCCGGCGGCGCUGGAGCUGUACGACUACGACCCGUGGCACCAGCACUACGGCUACGGGCACCGCCACGCCGCCGAGUACCACGCGGCCGCCGCGCACCACAACAUGGCGGCGGCCGGCUACGGCGGCCUGCUGCUGGGCCGCGGCGGCCUGCACGCGCAGUACAAGCCCGUGGACUGGCCGGCGCACGCGCACGCCGGCGCGCUGGACGCCGCGUGCGCGCCCUACGCCUACCCCGCGCCGCCAGGUCUGGAGGCGCAGGUGCAGGACACGUCGAAGGACCUGUACUGGUUCUGAGCGCCGCGCACGCGCCGCCGCUGCAGUGGCCCGCCGCCGCCUCGGCCCGGUCGGAGGGUGUCAAAGUGACCUGUGAUAAUAUCCACCUGGCCGGUAUCCGCUCGCCGUGGCCGCGACCGACGCGACAGA